AUGAGUUUUAAUUUAAUUGUCUUCUAUAGGUAUGAUUAUCCAAAUACUUUAUCUAAUAAGCAAAUAAUUGUUCAUUUAUUUGAGUGGAAAUGGCUAGAUAUUGCUAAAGAAUGUGAAGAUUUUUUGCAAUAUUAUGGAUAUGGAGCUAUUCAAGUGUCUCCCCCAAUGGAACAUAUAACUUUAUCUAAAAAUAAUGAUAUGCCAUGGUGGGUUCGAUAUCAACCAGUUAGCUAUAAACUCGAAAGUAGAAGUGGUAAUGAAACACAAUUCAUUGAAAUGGUAGAGCGUUGCAAUAAAGUCGGAAUCAGAAUAAUUGUUGAUGUUGUAUUUAAUCAUAUGACUGGAAUUGGAAUGAAACAAGGAAGCGAUGGUGUUUCUUCAAGCUCUGGGUCCUAUUUCGAUAGCACACCAGAUGUCCAAAAUUAUCCGGCCGCAGGAUACGAUAAAAUUCAUUUCAAUAAUCGACGGUGUAAUCGAAGUAUUAAGGAAUAUGAAUACAGAACAAGUGUUGAAAGUGUGAAAAAUUGUCGCCUUAAGGGACUCCUUGAUCUGAAUCAAGCAAAUGAACAUGUCCGUUCUGUUAUUGUCGAUUAUUUGGACCAUCUUCUCAACAUUGGCGUUGCUGGCUUUCGUAUUGAUGCAUCGAAACACAUGUGGCCAGGUGAUUUGGAAAUCAUACUUAAAAGAACGAAGAAUAUAAAAAACAAUAUUUAUGGACCAAAUAAGAGACCAUUCGCAGUUCAUGAAGUUAUUGACCUCGGUGGUGAAGCUAUUAGGUGCGACGAAUAUAUAACUAUCGGGCGUUAUACUGAUAUGAACUAUGGGAAAAUAAUUGCACAGGCUGCUCGACGUCAAAUGGAUUGGAGUGAUUUGGUGCAGUUUGGUGCUGGAUAUGGCUAUGGCAAUCUGGCUAGUCAUGAUGUCUUGGUUUUUAUCGAUAAUCAUGACAAUCAGCGAGAAUUAAAUCCUUACGUCCUCAACUAUAAAGAAAGAGACCAAUAUGCUCUAUGCGUCGGAUUCAUGCUGGCUUGGAAUUAUGGCUUACCUAGGAUCAUGAGCAGUUAUGUUUUUGAGACCCUAGAUCAGGGGCCUCCAAAUUACGGACAAUCGAGGAACUAUGAAACGAAAAGUCCAAUAAUAAAAUCAGACAAAUCUUGCAAAUGGAAAUCAGGCUGGGUCUGUGAACAUCGCUGGCAAGCAAUUCGUGCUAUGACUCUUUUUAGAAUGGCGGCUUAUGACUCGAACACAAGUGACUUCACUGUUGAUAAGCACCGUUUAGCUUUUGCUCGAACUGGCAAAGGAUAUUUCGCGCUAAACAAUGGUGACAAUAUAUGGCAAAUAACAGUGGAUACCAAGUUACCUCCAGGUGAUUAUUGCGAUGUUUGGUCGGGUGAAUUGGAGCUUAAUCAAUGCACAGGGAAAACAAUUACAGUCGACCAUGAUGGUUUGAUUUCCUUUUUUUUAAAUUAUCUUUUGAUAAUUUUCAGAUUUAUUUGGUUAUUUCAACUAAAUCUUUUAACCUAUCCAUAG